AUGAGAGCUUCACUGAAGAAAGGUGUGUCUUUUCGGACUGCCACACCCAGCAACACGUUGCUAUGGGACACCACCAUGGAUACAAGUGCAGACGGAACCAUCGCUGUUAUUUGCCAGCAGCGGUCAACACCAACAGGGAAAAGGCCCAACAGCAAGCUGCUGGAGAUCCUGCAGAUGGACUUUGAGGUGGAGGAGCUGAGCACGCAGGCGGAGAGCCAGGUGAUCGUCUGGCAGCUGGUGCUGCCGUCCGACACGCGCGCCACGGGGCAGAUGGAGGGCACCAUGAGGAUCUACACCACCCAGAGGGACUUCAUCGGCCUGGCGCCGCUCGUCUUGGACACAGAGAUCAUAAACACGGCCAUCUUGACCGGAAAGAGGGUCGCUGUGCCGGUGCGGACUGUUGCCGUGGAAGCGGAUGGCUCGGUGACCGACGUCUCGGACUUCACCGACUGCAGCUCUACUGACGAAGAUGUCCUCAAGGUGUCGGACCGCUGCGACUACGUGUAUGUGAACGGUAAGGAGCAGCGGGGGCGAGUGCGGAUGGCGGUCAACUUCACCUACAGCUACCUGAGCGCCCAGCUGGACAUGAGUGUGUGGGUCCCACGCCUGCCCCUGCAGAUCGAGCUCUCCGACAAUGAGCUCAGCCAGAUCAAGGGCUGGAGGAUCCCCAUACAGGCCACUAAAAGGCCUUUUAGACAGAGAGAUAGCAGUGACGAGGAGGACCGUAAGGGCAAAGGCUGCAUGCUCCAGUUCCAGCACGCCCUGGUGCGCGUGGUCACCCACUUCGUGGCCGAGCAGGCGGAGUCGCGUGGUAGUGGGGGCGGCGGCCCUCGCGAGCCCCUGGACAUCUUCCUGGGCUCGGACUGGCAGGUGGACGUCACCAAGCUGGUGCGCUACUUCCUGAAGGUGGAGGACCCGCGCAUCGCCAGGUUGCAGGCUGGCAGGGUCCUGUCGGGGAAAGACGUGGGCACCACCAAAAUACAGGUCUUCUCCCCGCUGUCGGACUCCAUCCUGGCGGAGCGCACGGUGCGGGUGCUGGAGGAGCGGGUCAGCAUCACGGAGCUCGGGCUGCAGCUGCUCAGCGGCCUCUCGCUCAGCCUGCAGCUCAGCCCGGGCAGCAACAGGGCCGUCCUCGCCACGGCAACCACGCAGGAGGAGCUCAGCAGCCCCAAACAGGAGGCGGUGUUGAGCUCCUGGCUCCAGUUCAGCGACGGCUCGCUGACCCCGCUGGAGCUGUACGACCCGGCGCACUACCGUCUGUCGGCGACGUCGCUGGACGAGGGCGUGGUGUCGGUGCAGGGCGAGGCCCCGGCGGUGCGCGUGGUGGCGGAGGGCGAGGGCCAGGGGGCGCUGGUGAGGGCCGAGAUGGGCAUCCACGAGGCCUGCCACAAGUCCAAGAGGAAGACCGUGCUGGCCGUGGGGCUCGGCAGCCUGAAGGUCAAGUUCCAGGUCGGGGGCAGGCGGGGGGACGGUAGCGGCGGCGGCGGCGGCGGCGGGAACGGAACCGGCGGUGCGGGCGGAGAGGGCGGCGCGAGCGGCCCCGCGAGCGGGAAGGACGGCGGGAGCGACUACGGCAACGACGGCGAGGAGGUGGCGGAGGGCAAGCCGCCGGUGGCGGCCACGGAGCAGGACGGGGCGUCCAGCUCGGCGUCGGAGCGCGAGGAGAGCGCCAUGCGCAAGCUCAGCACCACCACCAAGCCCACCGUCAGGGACGGCCGGGGCAGCGGGGGCAGCCCUGGCGCUGACGCCGCCGCCGCCGCCAACUCCUCCGGAGACCUGGGCAAAGCCCCCGGCAACCUGGUCAACUACAACAACUUCCCCGCCCAGGUGGAGGUGCCCAAGAGCGUGGAGAAGGAGGCCGACGACAACCGAGACGGCGACGGAGACGGCGACGGAGACGAGGAGGAGGGCGCCAGCAGCCUGGACAACCCCCUGGGCCUGCGCCCGCUAAGCGACCUGGAGAUCGGCAUGUACGCGCUGCUGGGAGUCUUCUGCCUGGCCAUCCUGGUCUUCCUGGUCAACUGCAUGACGUACCUGGUCAAGUUCCGCCACAAGCAGCUGCCCGCGGGGCAGGGCGGCUCCGAGCCCGCCGGGCACCACCACCACCACCAGCACCAGCACCACCGGCACGACUGGGUGUGGCUGGGCACGGACGCCGAGCUGGUGAUGAGCGUGCCGGGCAGCCCCAUGCAGCACGAGCAGCACCUGCUGCACCCGCACCACCAGCACCACGCGCACGCCCAGCAGGCCACCACCGUCAUCGACAUCGACCGCACGGGAAGCCUCGCCCGCCGCGGCCACUGCCCGGCCCUGGGGUCGCCCGCCAUCGUCGCCACCGGACACGGAGUCGCCGCCGUCAGUGCUGUCACCGGAGGGGUGAUGUCGGUCCACUCGCCCACCAGCAAGCGCAAGCGGGUGCAGUUCACCACCUUCGGCUCGCUGGACCGCCACUCGCCCCACCUGCCGCCGCGCGCCAACGGCAACGGGGGCAUCCACUGGGUGGGCAAGGAGGCGUCGGACUGCUGUGACGGAGGAGGAGGAGGAGGGGGGGAUGACGACGAGGGGAGCGAAACCCAAGUGCCCGAUUCAGACUCUCUAGAGCAGCUUUAA